UUUUCUUUUUUUUUUUUUCAUGUAAUCAGAAAGUUCAUUUUGUUUCACCUUUCAAGCUUCUUUCUUCGUUCCUUCACUCCACAUUUACAAUGCGUAUCCUUCGUGGAGGAGCAGCAGCAGCAGCAGCAGCGUGGCGGGAAGUCGUGGCGCCACAAUCACAGUCGCUGCAAUCGCUCUCGCGCGCGCUCUCCUCGACCGUCAAGCGCCGCGCCGCCCCGCAGCCACUUCCAGCAUCCACAUCGGCAGUGCGCGCACUGUUUGACGCAACGACCGGGUCGUCGCACAGCAAGCAGCAGCAACAGCAGCAACAGCAACAUUCGCGCAAGUCGUUUUGGCGCCAAUCCAGCGCGGGCUUUCGCUCGUCCUCGACGGGGCAGCCGUGGUUCCGCCUGGGCGCCAUGACGGCCAUCGGGGGCGGCGCCAUCGCCUCUGUCGUCCUGCUGAUUGGCGACGUGGUCUUCCCGCAGCCCAUGCGGAGGGUCGUCCAUGCGGUGCCGCCAGCCACGCCGAGCCAUGCCGGUCCUCCAGCCAAGUCGAGCCAGGACGCCAACGCUCGUCCACGAUGCUCAUCAGGACUGCCGCUGGACUUUGUCACCGAGGCGAAGCUGCUGCUUGGCGACGCCAUCUCGUUUGACGACUCUGAGCCCGGGUCGCUCGUGCACGACCUGUCCUUCCAUUCAGCGCCACCGCCCGCCGCAGUGGUCAGGGUCGUCUCUGCAGAGCAAGCCCGCACUGUUGUCCGGCUAUGUGUGCAGUAUGGCGUUCCAAUCACGCCCGUGGGCGCUGGCACCUCGCUUGAAGGCCACACGCUGGCGAGCUGCGGAGGCAUUGCGCUCGACAUGUCGGGGCUCAACCGAGUCCUGUCCGUCCGGGUUGAGGACAUGGAUUGCACGGUCGAGCCAGGCGUGACAUGGGAGGACUUGAACCACACACUCCGGCCGCUGGGUCUGUUUUUCCCGCCAGAUCCCGGGCCGGGCGCAACCAUCGGUGGCAUGAUCUCGACGCGGUGCUCGGGUCCCAACGCUGCCCGCUACGGCACCAUCCGUGACAAUGUCAUCUCACUGGAGGCGAUUGUGGCCACGUCGGACGAUGCGCCUGUUGUUUGCACCGGGCAGCGCGCGCGCAAAUCUUCCAUGGGCUACGAUCUCACCCGGCUCUUCAUUGGCGCCGAGGGCACGCUUGGCGUCGUCACGCAAGCCACGCUCAAGCUGCAACGCCUGCCUGCGGAAAUCCGUGUCGGCAUUUGCUCCUUCCCCUCCAUCCGCGAUGCUGCGGCCGCCUCUCAGGCCUUCACUGCCGCGGGUAUUCAGCUCAACCGCUGCGAAAUGCUCGACGACACGAUGGUGCACGGCUUGAUCACGCACCACUCGGGCUCGGCCGCCGUCGGCAGUCUCUUGAAGAAGGGCAUUGAGAACUUUGCGACUCCUGCCGUCUUGUUGCUCGAGUACGCUGGCUCCAGUGCGACCAUUGACGAGCAGCAGCGACGCGUUCGUGACUUGCUGUCGCACCACAGCGGUCGCGAGGUGGCCGCUGCACGAGACCCCGCGGAGUCGCAGCAGCUCUGGCAAGCCCGCAAGGACUGUCUGCUGGUUGCACAAGCCAUGGAUCCCAAUCGGAGCGCGCUCAUCACCGACGUGUGCGUCCCUCUGUCGCGCUUUCCCGAGGUGAUUGGAGACACAAAGGCAGAAAUCGCCGCUGCUGGAUUGCUCGGCCCCAUCGUUGCGCACGCUGGCGACGGCAAUUUCCACGUUCUGCUCAUGUUUGAUUCUGAAAACGCGCAAGAAAAGGCUGCCGCUGAACGCAUCAAGGAGUCCAUUGUCAUGCGCGCCCUCGCCGCCGACGGCACCGCGUCUGGCGAGCACGGUUGUGGUAUUGGCAAGCGGCCGUACCUCGCUCCAGAACUCGGGCCAGAAGCCGUGGCCAUCAUGCGUUCCAUCAAGCGGUCUCUCGAUCCCAAGUGGAUUAUGAAUCCGGGCAAAAUUUUGACAGUCGACGAGGCCAACACGGCCGCCUGGGGUUGUGCGCCACCAACGCAUUCCUGUCAAUAACUGCCUUUUGGUUGGUUUGUUAAUUUGUUUGUUGUACUUGUAUCAUUUUUUUUUGAAACCCAUGUAUGAAUAAGACUCCCGAUACCCACCUCACCUG